GAAGAUUUAUAAGAAGAAAACCGAGUAGCGAAUGUUUCAUUCGUCUGUUCUAUAGUUGAAAUUUUUUCAACCCCUCGGUUGUAAAAUAAUUCAAAGUACAUUACCUAUCUAUGCGAAUUCGUUACUGGUGCUAGUUUCUCGUUUUUCACUUUCGUUUGUUUUUUUAUUCACUCUCGUCACCUACUCACCUAAUUAUUUUUAGUCGAAAAUGUGCACGAGGUAUUUGAGUUCGCGUAAUUUAAUUCUUCUAUGUGUUUUGAUCGCCGUUGGCAAUGUACAGUGCAAAAGAUCUUCGAAAAUACCCGAUGAUAUUCAUUUGUGCAAGAAAGAUGAUCCCGAAUUGAAUAAAUGUCUGGGUGAGCUAUUUGAAAGUUUGAGACCCAAAUUGGCAACAGGUAUUCCUGAAAUUGGAUUGCCCCCGAUGGAUCCUUUAGUCUUACAAGAGGUGGUUAUAUUCCGCGGUGGUUCUGGUCAAAUGAAAGCCAUCGGGCACGACAUUAAAAUCUCCGGAAUCAGCAACUUCAAAACGAACUAUAUCAAAGCUGAUGUUGACAAUUUGGAAAUAGACGUGAGCGUAUUCUUCCCAUAUCUCAGAUAUGAAGGACAAUACGACGUGAACGCUAGAUUCGUAAAUAUCCCAGUUAAAGGAAAAGGACCAAUGAGAGGAAAUGCCACCGAAGUCAACGCUCAAGCCAUCUUGAAAGGAAAAUUUGUCGAAGUCGACGGAGAAAAAUUCGUAGAAUUCAUUUCAGCUACGGUAGACGUAGAUGUAAAAGACUACAGCGUUCGUGUAGAAAAAUUAUUCCCCGACAAGCAACUGAAUGACGCCAUUAACGUAUUGAUAAAUGAUCGUAAACUACAAUCGAUGGCUACAGCGAAACCGAUCGUUAAUAAAGUAGCAGCUUCCAUGAUGUUGGAAAUGGUGAAUAGAAUUGCCAAAAAUCUCUCGUUCGAUGAAGUUUUCGCAUAAGUUUGGUCUCAGUUGAUUUUACCGAUAUUUAUUUUCAACUAUUUUCCUUUUUAUUUUGUGUAUAUAUGUGUGUGUGUGUGUUUCAUUUUUCAAUCAAUAAACGUUUUAAAAAUUUAAA